UGCCGAGCUACGGAAAGCCGCGGGGUCCACGGCGCGCGCCCAAGUGACGGAGCUGAGCGCAGCGGCCCCGAUCAGACGAUGAUGUCGGAGCAGGACGCCGGGAAGUGCUCCAGCGCUCGCAACCGUGGCGGCGUCCAGAGGGUUGAAGGGAAACUCCGAGCGAGUGUCGAAAAAGGCGACUAUUAUGAAGCUCACCAGAUGUAUCGCACUUUAUUCUUUAGGUAUAUGUCCCAAGGAAAAUACACAGAAGCCCGAGAGCUGAUGUAUUCUGGUGCAUUACUUUUCUUCAGCUAUAAUCAGCAAAACAGUGCUGCAGACUUGUCAAUGCUAGUGUUGGAAUCUUUGGAGAAAUCGGAUUCAGCCAUUGCAGAGUACAUAUUAGAAUGCUUGGCAAAACUGUUCAGUCUGAUGGAUCCAAACUCGCCUGAAAGAGUUGCCUUUGUUUCCAGAGCGCUGAAAUGGUCAGCCAAAGGUUCAGGAAAGUUAGGACAUCCGAAGCUCCACCAGCUACUUGCCAUUACGUUAUGGAAAGAGCAAAACUAUGGUGAGUCUCGGUACCACUUCUUGCACUCCUCAGAUGGAGAAGGGUGUGCGAAUAUGCUGGUAGAAUACUCGACAUCCCGGGGUUACCGCAGUGAGGUGGACAUGUUUGUCGCCCAAGCAGUCCUACAACUUCUUUGUUUAAAAAAUAAGACGGGUGCAUCGGUAGUCUUCACAACGUACACAGAGAAGCAUCCUUCAAUAGAAAAAGGUCCACCUUUCGUUCAGCCUUUACUAAACUUUAUUUGGUUCUUGUUGCUGGCAGUGGACGGGGGUAAAUUAACAGUUUUCACAGUGUUAUGUGAACAGUAUCAGCUAUCAUUAAAGAGAGAUCCAAUGUACAAUGAGUACCUUGACAGAAUAGGACAGCUUUUCUUUGGAGUUCCACCAAAACAGCCAUCUUCAUAUGGAGGAUUGUUAGGAAACCUUCUGAACAGUCUGAUGGGUUCUGGUGACGAGGAGGAAGCUGACGACAGGCAGGAUGACAGCAGUCCCAUCGAGCUCGACUGAACGAGACUGCAGCGGCGUAUUAGGACUGCAUGGAGCUGACACGUUAUUUUAAUAAUAAAAAAAACAAAAGCCAA